AUGGCAACUGUAAGUUCAACGUUAGUAAUUAAUACUGCAGAUCAGAAUAUUUCUAACAGUACUGCGAGUAAUUCCGUUAUCGAUAAUACAAAUUAUGAAUCACAAGUAACACCAUUUUUACAAUGUUUUGUUUGUGAUGUAAUUGUAAAAGGACGUUAUUAUUCUUUAGCAACAUGUAAAACACAAAGUUCUAAAUCUAAAGUUAUUGAAAAAUUAGGAGAAAUGGUUGGCGAAAGGUAUAUGGUUGUUAUAUCAGAAGAUGAUGUGAUUUGUCGGAGCUGUGCUAAUCUUAUUAACACACUUGAUAGAUUGGAAACAGAAAUGUGUAGUAUCCGAGAAAAUGUUUUACGAUUUUUAGAGCAAAAAUAUUCACUAAAAGAAGGAGAGCUACUAGAUAACAGUGAAAAACCCAAACUUUCUCAACCACCUCAAAUAACACGAUCUAAUACUCGUAAUUCUUGUAAUCGUUUUAAAAGAAAAGAUGAUACAUUAUGUGUUAAUACUAUGGAGUAUAACAAAGGUAAAAAAAAUGUUUGGAUGCAAUGCGAUAAGUGUAAGUAUACUACGCAUCACAACUCGUUUAUGAUUCAUCAUAUACGAGAUUACAUAAAGCAGCAGAGAAUAUUUUGUGAUAAAUGUGGUAUACAAUUCUCUGGAGAUCAUCAAGCAAUAAACCAUGAAUGCGACGUGAAUAAGCAUCAAAACGAAAUGGAAAUUAUAAAAGAUCAUGAAAGAGAAAAAGGGGUUUCUAUAAAAGAUAAUAAUGAAGAUCUGACAAAAAUGUCUGAUAUAGAAAAAAGUGUACAUCAAAGUAUGCCUAUGUUACCAUUCCAUACUUAUUCACAAUUGCAAAUUACCAAUGAAAAUAUACCAGUAAUACGACUAGCAAAUUCUGAAAGUUUACACAUUCCAAAUAUUCUUGAACAUGAUGAAACAUCUAUUUCGGAUCAACCAAUGUAUGUUAGAAUUUUACAGCAUAUUAAUGUCAAUGACAAUUUUAUGCAUCCUACAGAACUAGCAUCUACGCAUAAUGACGUUGAUAUGAUGGUUAAAGUUAAAGAUAAUUCAACUAAGCAAUUAUUAACUUUAACAGAAGAUGGAAAUUUGGAAAUGGUAGAGGUAACAUGUUGGAAUGACAUGCAACCAAUAGAUCCAGAUCCAGAUACUGAUAUGCAUUUCUGAUAUACUAAACAAAGUUAAUUAGUAAUAAUAAUAAUCGUCAUCAUAUUUUACACAAAAUUUUCAUCCUAUAAUAAUAUUACGAGAGAUGAUUAUAUAAAAUAAUUUUUAAGUUUUUGGACACAUUGAUAUAUUUAUAAUAGUGUAUUAAUAUCUAUUAGACACUUUAUCUGCAAGUUUUUCAGUAAUUUUCUGUUGUUUACUAUAUAUUGAAUUAUAUUUUAUGAUUGUUCUGUAAUUCAAAAAUUUGUUCUCUUAAUCU